AUGAGAGUAAAGCUGGUCUCGCGCUCAGCUAAAGUAAAGAAAAGAUCCUCAAUGAUGGAGGUUACAGGUAACUUGGAAGCUCAACUCGAAGCUAUAAGAGAUAAGUCAGUGGAAGUAAGGGCUAAGAGAGCUGACCUUAAGAAACUGGAAGAUCUGGGUGCAACACUAGAAGAGCAUCUGAUCCUGGAUAACCGGUACACUGAACACAGUACUGUUGGCUUGGCACAGCAGUGGGACCAACUGGAUCAGCUAGGAAUGAGGAUGCAACACAACUUGGAACAACAAAUCCAGGCCCGGUGA